AUGAGCACAAUAGAUUCAGGCCACACGCUGUCCCUGCUAGAUCUCAGCGACGAGAUUCUGCUACUAAUCGUCAGCCAGCUCGACCGCCACGACGAUGUUCUACAAGCGCGACUCGCGUGCAGGAAGAUCAAGGACCUCUGCGAAACUUACAUGUACAGAAAUGUGAUGCUUACCUUACCAGAAGAAGUUACAGAGAAAUGGUCGACCAAACUUCAGACAAUGCCACCAAGCAUCCUCUUAACGAAACAUCUCACCAUACUCAAUCAGAACAGAAAACCUAGUGGCUUUUUCUACGACAACACCAUUGCGAGGCCUAACUCUUAUCGCAUUUUCAGAUGGAACCUUCUUGAAGAAGCAGCCCACGAUAGCAACAAGGAAUUUGCGCAGGCGGCUUUCUUCAACGGUGUGAAGUUCUUCUGGCACAUCAGACUCCCCCAAGAUCAGCUAGUGUCCUUUAUUUGGCGACAUGCCACUACGCUAUCACUCCAAAUGGUACAGGACAUCCUUCUGAAGCACGCGAAAAGCCUUGAACGCAUGGAAGUAUCCAUGAUUUCUCCACCUAUGGCACCGACUGUCUCUGAGUUUGCCGCAGCAAUUACAAAGAAGAGCUUCCCGAAAUUCCGCGCCCUGACAUACAAUGGUCUAAGCCAUACGGAACCUAUCGAACUCAACAACCCAGAAGCAGGUGGAAGAUUUAGGAUGAUCCGACCACUCUUCCGGAAAGUAUACAAUACUUUGAAAGAGCUAACGUUAUCGCAAGAUCACUGCAUCAGCCAGGUCGGAAAGACGCCCUUGAUCAAUGGCCGUGAAUAUCCAAACGAUUUUCUUUGCACGCUCAAUGAGCUCUACACGCACCCUAAGCACGAUCCAUGCGAUUCAUCCCGGCCAGCAGUCUGUCUCAACCUCGAGAAGCUCGAAUUGGGCGGAUUCAACAUAGCUUCGCUAUUCGACGUGCCUACUAACAUCACGGCAUCACCACGAGUUCGGGUAUCUCUAUCGCACCUACGACGCUUGAUACUCAACGAUUGUCAUAACUCCGAAGCCCUUCUCAGAGAAAUGACUUCGCGCUAUAAGGAAAUCAACCUCACCGAGUUUGGCUUUCGGUAUACAGAAGCUGAGGGCGAUAUGGACGGUGAAACGAUACCGAAAGAGCUGUCUGCGGCUCUUGCAGUUUUUCUUCAGUCAUUCCAGGGUCUUGAAAUACUCAGCCUGUUGUGGCACAGUGAGGUACCCAUCGACCGUAUCGCCACGGCCAUAAGUCGAGCGGCUAUGCACCAUGUAGCUACCCUCGAAGUAUACACUCUUGCCUUGCGACAAUCCAGAGAAAACAACGAAGACGGUCCAUACCUGAGAUUUUCUACCGAGCUCUAUGCGCCAGUAUCAUGGGUGAGUACACUUUCAGCCUCUGAGAAGCCUAAACUCCGAGAGUUCAGCAUGGUGCUGCCAAAAGAGUUGUCUAUAGGUGGCUAUUUAUGCCUUCGAUCACUUUCGCAAUUCGAUGAGCUACGAACUGUCCACAUUCGCAACUUCCCACCUAUUCAGCAAUUUCCCGAGACAUUUCCGCCUCGAACCAGAGAUGGGUUCUGGCGCGACAGUAGGGGUGCUGUCACCAUGGAGGCGAUAAGUGCAGGAGCAAUAUUUGCAGAACACAUCGCUUUGCCCUACUAUGGCCUGCUACACGAUAAUGCUCAUCAUGGUGCAGAGGCGUCGUCGAAAGAUUUUGCAGCGAGUUUGCAAUCCAUUAGCGACCACUGGGGGCUGCAGAAGCUUGCCGAUCAACAUGCUCUCCGGAGAGAUCAAAUGCUAUUGAGUGGCGCUCGAGUCAGGCCUCUCUUCCGGACUAGUGUUCCGAUUGGCGACAUCACACCUCGUAUACUAGAGCAGAAAGCUGAAACAGACUAUCAUUUUGCGGACAUUAUGAGAAGAGUCAAGGCGCAAAGCGCCUCCAUUGAAGAGAACAUGUACUAUCAAGAAUAUGUAGUCCGAAUCAGAACAGUCCUUGGCUAUGACAAACCAUCGGACGACGACAAGCCUAAGCUACGACUACUGGUAGUGGGAGAGUGGCGAUAUCGUGAUCAGAUGAACCUCACCGGUCCACGAACCUGGGACCCUGAGGCAUGGUCAUUGUCAGAGUCUACACGAUCCCGUGUUACAGAAGCAUCCGUCGACGAGGACGACGAUGACGAGGACGAUCUCGGCGACCUCGACGAUUCAGAAGAUGAGAUGGAUAAUCUACGCCGAGAGAGACGUGUACCAUUACGCCUCCGAAGCGGUUUCAAAAAGGAAUUCGAUGUCUGCUUGCUGCCCAUCUUCUUCAAGGUCGAUUGGCAUGCCGAAAAGGACAAGAAAGACAAGAAGUGGAGAUGGAAAGCUAAGCUGACUGUGCUGGAGCAGAGUACGCUGGAGGGAUAUACAACGCUGGGUGAUGUGAAGGGUCUUGACUUUGCUUGGCAGAAUUAG